AUGAGGGCUUUGGGAUUCCUAGAUGGACCCAUGAAGGAGGUAACCCGGCAGAGGGAGACUCCAGGUACUUCUGACCAGAUGGUCGGAGAAGACAUGCUGAAUCGGGAUACGUCACUUCGGGACCCGCGGAUGGACGAGGACGAACGUGGACCCUUCCUACGCAGAAUCGCGCAGAUGGACGAGGACGAACGUGGACCCUUCCUACGCAGAAUCGCGCGGAUGGACGAGGACGAACGUGGACCCUUCCUACGCAGUAUCGCGCCAAUGGACGUUGACGAACGGAGACGCUUAUUACGCAUUAUCGCGCGGAUGGACGAGAAGGAACGUGGGCGCUUCCUACGCAGUAUCGCGCGAAUGAACGUUGAUGAACGUGGACGCUUCCAACGCAGUAUCGCGCGGAUGGACGAAGACGAACAGGAACGACUCAUGGGAAGCAUCGGCAAGAGGAGUUUCUGUGGUUUCUCCGUCUCCGCGCCCGGCCGCGAAUGGACGUUGACCAACGUGGACGCUUCCUACGUAGUAUUGCGCGGAUGGACGUUGACGAACGAAGACGCUUCUUACGCAAUAUCAGUGAGAGCGCUGAUGGAAGAUGACGAACGUGGACACUUCCUACACAGCAUAGCGUGGAUGGACGAGUACGAACGGGAACAACUCAAGGGAAGCGUUGCGCGGAUGGACAAGGACGAGAGUGGACGCUUCCUGCGCAGGAUCGCGUGGAUGGACGAGGACGAACGUAGACGCUUCCUACGCAUUAUCGCGAGGAUAGACGAGGACGAACGGGAACAAGUCAUGGGAAGCUUCGCGCGGAUUGACAAGGAUGAACGUGGACGCUUCCUUCGCAUCAUUGCGAUGAUGGACGAGGGCGAACGGGAACAACUCAUAGGAAGCAUCGCGUGGAUGGACAAAGACGAACGCGGACGCUUCGUUCGCAUUUUCGCGUGGAUGGACAAGGGCGAACGGGAGAAACUCAUGAGAACCAUACCGUCGAUGGACACGGAAGAACGGGAACAACUCAUGGGAAGCAUCGCGAGGAUGGACGAGGACGAACGUGGGCGCUUCCAACGCAUUAUCGCUCGGAUGCACGAUGACGAACGUGGACCCUUUCUACGCAUUAUCGCGUGGAUGGACAAGGACGAACGGCAACAACUCAUGGGAAGCAUCGAUGAACUAAAUCCUGUCGAACGUGGACGCUUCCUACGCAGUAUCGUGCGGAUGGACAAGGACGAACGUGGUCGCUUCCUUUGCAGUAUCGCCCAGCUCAAGAGGAACGCUCUUGAUGGAUUAAGGAGAAUUGAUGAAGUCAUCUGGAUCUAUGAAGCUGAUGCAAUGGUGAUCGAAUGA